AUGGCAGGUGUGGGAUGCAGAGCAAGAAUAUAUGCAAAGUUCGAUAGGAAAAAGCAUGAUUGUGUCUUGUUGAAGGUUGAACUAAAUCACUCGCACCCAUGUUCAACUAGGAAGGCGGUGCACUACCACGAGAACAGGGAGUUAACAAUGCAUGCGAUGUGUAUCAUUGAGGUUAAUGAUGAGGCGGACAUUCGACCCAAUAAGACCUUUCUAGCAUUAGCCAAUGAAGUUGGUGGGCCUUCGAACUUGGGCUUCUCAGAGAAGGACGUCAGGAAUUACAUUUCAUCAAGACUCCGAUCCAUAAAUGUCAACGCAGAUGUCAAGGAGAUGCUGAACUACUUCAUGCGAAUGAAGGAGUUGAAUCCGAACUACUUUUACGCAGUGAAUAUAAAUGAGGAUAACAAGUUUACGAGUGCAGUUUGGGUGGAUGCAAGGUGUAGGGCAUCUUAUGAAUACUAUGGAGAGGUGGUCUCAUUUGAUACCACAUACAGCACGAACCGGCAUGGAUUGCCGUUCACUGCUUUCAUUGGUGUGAACCACCAUGGUAAGUCUACUUUGCUAGGCUGCGCUCUGCUAGGCAGUGAGGAGAUCCCGAGUUUUGAGUGGGUGUUCACACAAUGGCUGGAGUGCAUGGGAACGACACCGAAGGGUAUCAUCACAAACCAAUGCAAGUCUAUGUUUGGUGCAAUUAAGAAGGUCCUACCCAAUACACGACACCGGUGGUGCAUAUGGCAUAUAACACAAAAGAUACACAACAAGCUUGGAGGUUAUUCUAGGUUCAAAGAGUUGAAUUCUGAGUUAAAACACAUUAUAUGGAACUCUAAGUCGGUUGAGGAUUUCGAGGAUCAUUGGGCUGAGUUCAUUGAUGAGCUCAACUUACAUCACAACAGAUGGCUAUCAGAUUUGUUUGAGGACCGACACAUGUGGGUGCCUAUCUUUUUCAAUGGUCAAUUCUGGGCUUCCAUGAGGAAUACGUAG